ACUAAACAAAGAUAUUUCUUCCUCAAUACAGGCACAACAUGAACAGCUCGAUGUCUAGCGGUAUAGGCCCGGCGCCAUCGAAUGAUACCUGCCUCUCGGGGCAGCAAGCGGCCUGGCUCGCCUCUUCACCCACCUGCAAUGAUGGCUUUUACUGCCAAUCGAGCGAGGGCGACCUCCCACCAGAGCGCUGUAACCCGACGUUCGAGUGCCACCUCAGAAGACUCCAAGAAGGGUGGAAUUUCUGCGACAAGCCACAGGGCACGCUCGAGCCCGUGAUAUGCCCCGAGGGCAAUUAUUGCGCGCCCGGGGGAGCGCCGCCCGUGCCCUGUCCGCAAGGCUCCUUCUGCCCUGUGGGGACUGCCAACCCCAUCAAGUGCAGGGCCCUCUCCCUUUGUCCGGAAGGAAGCUCACAUCAGCGUGAUCUGGUGGGUAUACUCUUGUGUAUUCUGCUGGACAUCGUGGUGGUUCUGGUCUGGAUGCGGCGCUUCUCUCUGUCAUCCGACUUGACGAGACUAUGGUCGUGGUCGAGGCUUUCAAAAUGGAAUGGGCGCGAAGAUAAAGUAGGUAAAGUUGAGGAGCCGCAGGAGGAAAGGGGAGAAGAGGAACAAGGUGUGUCGAGACUGUUGAGCUUUCCCUUUCUGUCAGUGGACGAUGCUGCAGCGCAGCCGCUGGAAAUUACCUUUGCGGAUUUGAGCUUCAGAAUCCGAGGCCGACCGACCGAUAUUCUAGCUGGUCUGCAUGGAUCAUGCAAAGCUGGCUCGAUUCUGGGGGUCAUGGGCCCCUCUGGCUCAGGGAAAUCGAGUUUUGUCAACAUUUUGGGCGGAAAGAAUAAGGCUAGCACUGGCGAGAUCUGUCUUAACGGUUAUAAAAUGAAGCCGGCAGAGCUGCGAGCGCUGAUUGGAUUUGUCCCUCAAGAUGAUCUUGUUCUUCCUGAGCUGACCGUGCGAGAGAACCUUCUUCACUCGGCACGCGUCAUGCUGGGCGGGCAGCUGGGCGACCAUGAAAUUCAAGACUAUGUUGAAUCGUUGAUUGCCUGUCUCGGACUUGCAAAGGUGCAGGAUCAGAUGGUGGGUAAUGUUGCACAACGAGGAUUGUCUGGGGGAGAAUGCAAACGGGUGAGUAUCGGCCUUGAACUCGCCGCCGCUCCCAAGGUGUUGAUCCUCGACGAACCGACCUCAGGCCUUGACGCGACCGCGGCGCUGUCCUUGAUGAGGUUGCUACGUUCAAUCUCACGUUGCGGAAUCAUGGUAAUCUGUGUCAUUCAUCAGCCCAGGGCUGAGAUCUUUGCUCUUCUGGAUACCCUCAUGCUUCUGAAUUCAGGGAGACAGGUCUAUUUUGGCGAAGCCGCCACCGCUAAAGCCUACUUCAUAGGCCUUGGCUAUGAGUUUCCUUCCUUCUGCAAUCCAGCGGAUAUCAUCAUGGAUAUCCUCCCUAGUCACGCGUGGGAGGAUACAGAUCUGCCAGCCACGGAAGGGAAAUCUUGCAUGCCAGUAACAGGCAUUUCUGACGCUGACGCGGGCGGAGCAUCCGACACUCCACAACAAGUCCCUGAUAUUCUCCUCUCCAUUCGGCAGCGAAAGGCCUCGUGGGCGCGACAAGUCUGGCUCUCGUUCUGCCGCGGAACAGUGCAACAGACCCGACAGACUGCAAGUUUCUGCUUGGAGAUUGUAUCGGGCUCCCUCAUCGGGGUCAUGAUCGGCUUGACGGUCUUCGAAUAUCACGGCCACAUCUUCCAAGGGAUCUAUCACCCUCCGUUUGAGUUGCUCUCCAGCGCCGUGAACUACCGCAUGGUUGCCGAGCAGGGGUUGCUCUCGUGUUUGGGCAUAGGUGAGUGCUCGCUGCUGCCUCCGAAGAUCGAAUUGAACGAGAUCCGCUUACACUUGUCUCCGCACGUAGCCUGUGCAGCCGGUCCUCCAGGCGUCAAGCUGCUAGGUGAAGAGAAGUUGAUCUUCCGCCGCGAACAGCAAUCCGGCCAUUCCCGGAGCGCCUAUUUCCUGGGCAAGAACCUCUCCGUGCUUCUGCGCAUGUUCCUGUCGUCCUUGCACUACACUACCAUCUAUAUGAUACUAGCGACACCGACGAUCUCCUUCGGAUUUCAGCUGGCGAUUGACUUUCUAUACUUUUACUGCAUGUACGGUCUCGGCUGCAUCGUGGCCGCCAUAACACAACGUGAAGACGGUCCCUUGGUCUGCAUGUUAAGCUGCCUUGUCAUCUCUGCCCUCGGAGGCUGUGCGCCCCGACUGGCCUUGGUGAAGACGUGGCAUCUAGGGUGGUUCUGGUAUCUUUGGCCUGCGACAUGGUUUUCCGAGGCGUUCUACAACGAGAACACUUCCCCGUUCGCCUAUCUGUAUCAACUGGACGGCGCGUCGGAUUUUAUAGGUUACAAGAAUAACCGGAUUGGAUUUGAUAUCGGACUGCUUCUGUUGAUUGGGACGCUGUACCGGGUGAUAUCUUAUGGGCUUUUUGUGUCUCUUGGCUGGAGAUAG